UCUCUCUCUCUCUCUCUCAUAAAGAUCUUUCCUUCUUUUCACACUUUUCAAAAGCAAAUCUAAAAGCUUCACUCAUAGAUAUCAAUAGCAUCCCUUUUUUAGUAUAUAUUUAUCCCUAUCUUUCCUUGUCCCUUUCACUUCAUCUCUAUUUUUUCUCAAACAAACACAAACACAUAUCAUAGCCACUCUUUCUUCUUUGAUUUGUGUGCUAACUUUUCUUCUUGCUUCUCUUACAAGAUCUUAUCUCACCCUUGCUUUUAUUCUAAGCUCAAAUUCUCAGUAUUUUUUCUCUGUGGCUAAUAAAGUUACAACAAAUAUAUCUUUUUUUACUAUGAUUCUUUGUUUUUUUCCUCAUAUAAUUGUGACCCUUUUAAUCUUUUUACAGUAAAACUAUUUACAUAUAAUGGAUUCCAAUACCCAUCAACUCAAACAACAGAACCAACCCAAUUCUGGGUUGCUUCGUUUUCGUUCUGCACCAACUUCACUUUUUUCUAAUCUCACACCUUCUUCUUCUGUUGUUGAUGAUAACAAUAAUAAUAAUAAAGGUAGUAAACAUUUUUGGGAUGAUUCUGAAUCAAGAUUUGUGAGUAACGAUAAUAAUAUUUCUGGUUUAUCUUGUUCUAAGGAAAUGAAUUCUGGUUAUGGUGGUGUUGGUGGUGGAUUGCCACCUCAUUAUCCUAGACAUGGUUCUGCAGCUGCUACUUCAAGUUCUGCUAUGGAUGGUUCUUUUGGGUUGGUUGGUUCAUUGGGAAUGGAUCAUGAAACAUCAUCACAUAAGAGUUUUGGUUCAAAUCUUCUUAGACAGGGUAGUUCCCCUGCUGGUCUUUUCUCCAACAUUUCCUUUCAAAAUGGGUUUGCCACCAUGAAAGGUGUUGGAAACUAUGCAACGGUGAAUGGAAAUAACGGAGAACUUAGUCCGUCUAUGAACCGAUUGAGCAGUCAAGUUAGCUUCCCUUCAAGAAACGCUUCUUCGUUGGGAAUGUUGUCACACAUCUCUGAAAUAGAUAGUGAGGAUAUUGAAGCAACUAGCCCUGAUGAUGGAGGUAGCAAUGGUGAUACUACACAUUAUGGUUCUGGAUUCCCCUAUAGUUCUUGGAAUGAUACUCAAUCAUUCUCAGAAAAUCUCAGUGGUUUGAAACGAGGGCGAAGCGGUAACGAGAAAAUGUUUUCUGAUUUUCAGAGUGGAGGACUUGGAAAUCAAGUUCAUACAUUAUCACAUCACUUGAGUUUACCGAAGACUUCAUCCGAGAUGAUUGCUAUGGAGAAGUUGUUUCAGUUUCCAGAUUCUGUUCCUUGUAAAAUCAGAGCGAAACGAGGCUGCGCUACUCAUCCUCGAAGCAUUGCCGAAAGAGUAAGAAGAACUAAGAUCAGUGAAAGAAUGAGGAAAUUACAAGAGCUUGUGCCAAACAUGGACAAGCAAACUAAUACAUCAGACAUGUUGGAUUUAGCUGUUGAUUACAUUAAAAAUCUUCAAAAGCAAUUCAAGUCUCUAAGUGAUAAAAGAGCAAACUGCAAAUGUAUGAGGAUACAGAAGGCAGUUACAAAUCAAAUUCCUUGACAACAUUUCUUAUGCAAAGAUGGCUUAGGAUCGGCUCCUUUUACUAUCAUGCUUAAAAAUAAGUAAAAACAUAUAUAGAAGCUAAUAUAAAAAUGCUAUUAUAUGUUUUUGUGGUGUGACACCAAACGAGAAGAGAUCCUCUCCCGUGAAUAUUUAAUUGGAGGAAGUCCGGUGCAUAUCCACACCAUCCAAAAUUCUGUUAUUUGACUUUAGUCACUCAUAGUCAUUAUAAUGAAUGACUGAGAUCACACGGCAGAGGAUCUGUUCUCACACCAAACAUACAAAGCAUAUCCACAACGUAAAUGUUCUUUAGAUUAAAGGUGUUUCAAUUACACCGAAUAAUAUUUAUUUAUAUUUGUUAUUUUGUAUAGCAUAUAGUAUAUUAAUAAAUGAUUUACUUAUUAA